UCAAGCUCAGGCGGGAGCUGGCUGGCACAGCGAACUCAGAGCACCCCACACGCUGAGUGGAAGCGCCUACCACAUCCACCCCACAGCGGCUGAAUGAAGCUUACAAGAGUCCUCUCACGGCCCGCAGCGCCCCGCUGGGGGCGCGCUCGCUGAGGCGCGGCCAGCGUGCAGCCGGCCACAAGUACGCUCACCUGCCUGCAAGUGUGCCAUGGGGCAACCGGGGAACAGCAGCGGCUUCUUACUGGCGCCGAACGGAAGCCAUACACCGGACCACAACGUCACUCAGGAGCAGGACAACGCAUGGUUGGUGGGUAUGGCCAUCGUCAUGUCGCUCAUCGUCUUGGCCAUCGUGUUUGGCAACGUUCUGGUCAUCACAGCCAUCGCCAAGUUUGAGCGCCUGCAGACGGUCACCAACUACUUCAUCACCUCUCUGGCCUGUGCUGACCUGCUUAUGGGCCUUGCUGUGGUGCCCUUUGGGGCGAGCCACAUCCUUAUGAAAAUGUGGAAUUUUGGUAACUUCUGGUGUGAGUUUUGGACUGCUAUCGAUGUGCUGUGUGUCACAGCCAGCAUUGAGACACUGUGCGUGAUUGCAGUGGAUCGCUACUUCGCCAUUACUUCUCCUUUCAAGUACCAGAGCCUUCUGACCAAGAAUAAGGCCCGUGUGGUCGUUCUGAUGGUGUGGAUUGUGUCCGGCUUGACCUCCUUUCUGCCCAUCCAGAUGCACUGGUACCGGGCCACCCAUCAGGAAGCCAUCAACUGCUAUGCCAAGGAGACCUGCUGUGAUUUCUUCACAAACCAAGCCUAUGCCAUUGCCUCUUCCAUCGUAUCCUUCUACUUGCCCUUGGUCAUCAUGGUCUUCGUCUACUCCAGGGUCUUCCAGGUGGCCAAAAGGCAGCUUCGGAAGAUUGACAAAUCAGAAGGCCGAUUCCACGCUCAAAACUUCAGCCAGGUGGAGCAGGAUGCGAGGGGUGGGCCUGGGCUUGGACUUCGCAGGUCCUCCAAGUUCUGUUUGAAGGAGCACAAAGCUCUCAAGACAUUGGGUAUCAUCAUGGGCACUUUCACUCUCUGCUGGUUGCCCUUCUUCAUUGUCAACAUUGUGCAUGUGAUCCAGGACAACCUCAUCCCUAAGGAAGUUUACAUCCUCCUGAACUGGUUGGGCUAUGUCAAUUCUGCUUUCAAUCCCCUUAUCUACUGUCGGAGCCCAGACUUCAGGAUCGCCUUCCAGGAGCUUCUGUGCUUUCACAGGUCUUCUCUGAAGGCCUAUGGGAAUGGUUACUCCAGCAAUAGCACUGCUAAUUACACUGACUACCCUGGGGAGCAGAGCGGAUAUCACUUGGAGCAAGUAAAGGAAAGCAAGCUGCUGUGUGAGGAUCCCGAGGACCCCGGAGGCAUGGAAGACUUGGGGACUUGUCAAGCUUUCUAGAUCCUUCUGUCACCUGUGCUCCUGGAGUUGAUUACCUCUGCUGCAUGUGAGUGGCGCGACACGACAUGGUGCUAUGCUCCAGUGCAUCCUUCCCAGCUCCAUUACAGCUUAACAUCAGCCCAGGUAGGUGUAUCUAUUCCACAGAAAUUAGCAAAUGCCAUCUAUAUGGGUUUGUUUUGAAUUUUGCUGACUGUUCAGAUAUAAUAAAGUGAUGUUAUAAAAAUAGAUUAUCCCUCAAUUGUGACAACUCUGCAGCUGUUACACUGGGAAGUGCACAAAAACCUUGGGCGAUACUCUUUCUGAAUCAGCAAAAAAGCCACUCACAUUCUUGACAAAUGAGCGAGUUGCCAACAUCUUUGCUGUUUCACUUUCUUAUCUACUAACAGAACUAUCAAUCAAUGUUCAUGCCAAAAUUAUAGUUGUUAUCCAACUGAAACCACAUUUGAAUCUAGGUAUGAGUUCCACAUAAAUCAACAUAGGCACUGACAAUCAACUGACCUAUAUGGAACAUGUAAUAAAGAAUUUUUACUUGUUGUAAAUUGUGUACAUCACACACUCUGCUUUUCAUGAAUCUGUUGUCUGAUCCUAGGCUCUGCCUUCCUUUGGAGGCUUCUCCAUCCAUUUCCACAAGACCCCCAGAACCUAACACAGCCACCAGGCCUCUAGGCUUUGUGAGGUCAUGGUGGGCCUAGGGAGGUGCCUGGAAGCCUCAGGUCAGAGGAGAGGAAGGCCUGUGUUUAGAGUGAGAGUUGGCUCCAAAAUAGCUUUUGUCUGCUCAGGGCCUUUAUUUAUUUUCACACCAGCCUAAGGCCUUUGACCCCAGUUGGAAGUCAAAGGAUGGGAAGAAAGAUUCUUUUCUGUCCGGGGGAUUGGUCACACAGUGGGCAGAGGAAAAGCUUCAGGAUGCCAUGAAGGUCAGCAGUCCAGCCUGAUCCUAGAGCCAGAGAAUGACAGCUCAUGUCAAAGCUGCCAAGAAAAUGACCCCAACUUCUUUCUGGAAGUGGCACGUUCUGAGUCGGCAGAAAGCCUACACUCACAAGGGGAUCUCCUGUUUUACCUUAGGCUGGUCAAAUAGGGGACAUAUUUAUUUAUUUCAUUAUUUAUCCAUAUUUGACUCACACUCUAAAUAAUGUCUACAGCCCAGUCAUUCAGUUAUCACUUAUCAAAUAAAUAAAAUAUUGAGCACCUUCCAUGAUUCAGGCACUGUUCUAGUGCUGUGGAUGUGAUAGGAACUCAGGCAGUGUUUGACUUCAUUGCAUAUAAGGCCAAGUAAACAAUGUGGACAUUGUACUGGUUUUACAUUGAGCUACAUAAGAGUUGAAAGUACUUUCUCUACAACUUUCAAAUUGGAUUCAUUCCUGACUCAAAAACAAGCACUUUCCUAAAAUAUCUGUCAGUACAAUAGCAAUAAUACCCAGCAUUUUUAUAUGUCAGACCCUUCACAUUUAUUAACUCAUUUGAUCCUCAAAAACAGCUCGUGAAAUAAACACUAUCAUCAUCCCCAGUUUACCAAAGAUGGAAAUGAUUAAACACUUGUCUGGGGGUCACACAAUUGAUAAGCAAUAGACUUGGCUGAGGCGAUCAUUAUUCGUCCCAGUCAGUAGCGUCAAAUGAACACCCAUCUAGCUCAAGUCCCACAAAUUUUAGCAAAAAUCUAGCUUAAGCUUCAUACAAUAACUUCAACUCAGAGGAGUUUAUAAUGGAAUCCUGACUACCACUUUUCUAUACAUAGAACUUUGAAUAAGAGUUAUUUUUUAUUAAGUUUCUCUAAAGUUGUUUAUGGUAUACUAUGUAAACAAUUAUAUACUAUAAAAUGACUUCUUAGGAGUGGGUGAAAUUGUUAAGGAGAGUCGAUGAUAUAACAGUAGUACAAAAUUUGUCAUAGUCCAAGCUGAAAUGAUGUGAAAGAUGAAGAAGUUCAUCAGAGGGCCAAGUCCUACCCAGGAUCCCCUGGACUCCAUGAAAUCAGCUACUGCCAAUACCUUGGUCACUGGAAAGUGGACCUAGCACACAGGAGCUAUUGAAUAUUGGUUGAUAGAUUGGUUGGCUGCAUCUGGCUGUUCAUGUUAGUAGACAGAUGGAUAGAAGGAUAGAUCAAUGGACUCAGACUCUUCUUUGUAGUGUUUCUUUUCCAUGUAUCCUGUCUUCACUAAGCUGACAGGAACUUAAGAACAGGGGCUAAGUAUUUUGCAAUGCAACGCAUUACACCCACAAUUAAACUCUUCAUGGGAGCAGUCUAGGAAAUUCAAAAUAAUGGUCUAGCCAAUUAGACCUAAGACUAUCCUAAAGGUGUCAUCGGUCCCCUAGUGACCUUUAUUUCAUAGAACUUUCAUUCCUGUGACAUUUGGUGUAAUAAUAC